AACGAUGAGAGGUUAAUACAAAAAAUAUAUAUAUAAAUAGAGACAGCUGGAAAGGCAAAUUGGAAAACGGAAAUGGAGGGGAUAGAGCACAGAACAUUCAAGGUGAAUGGCAUAAACAUUCACGUUGCAGAGAAAGGCCAGGGGCCGCUGAUUCUUUUCCUCCAUGGAUUUCCGGAGCUGUGGUACUCCUGGCGCCACCAGAUCCUCGCUCUUGCUUCCCUUGGCUACCGUGCCGUCGCUCCUGACCUCCGUGGCUACGGCGAAACCGACGCACCGGAUUCCAUCGACAGCUACUCUUGCUUCCACGUGGUUGGCGACCUCAUCGCCCUACUCGAUGCUGUUGCUGCCCACCAGGAGAAGGUGUUCCUGGUUGGCCAUGACUGGGGCGCCAUCAUUGGUUGGUUCUUGUGCUUGUUCAGGCCGGACAGAGUCAAGGCUUUUGUGGGCUUGAGUGUACCGUAUCUCCGAUCCGAUCCGGCAAAGAAACCGGUUGAAGCCUGGAGAUCUUUUUACGGCGACGACUAUUACAUCUGCAGAUUUCAGGAGCCAGGGGAAAUAGAAACAGAGUUUGCGCAAAUCGGAACAGAGGAACUCCUGAAGGAGUUCUUUACGUACAGGCUUCCAGAUCCUUUCCGUUUCUCUAAAGGCACUAAGCCGUUCGGCCAUGGACCGGAGAGCCCCGUCGCAUUGCCACCCUGGUUGUCUGAGGAAGACAUUAAGUACUACGCUUCCAAGUUUGAGAAGACAGGUUUCACCGGAGGCGUGAACUAUUACCGGAACAUGAACCGAAACUGUGAAUUGCUGGCGCCGUGGGUGGGGAGUGAGAUCAAGGUGCCGGCGAAGUUCGUGGUGGGAGAUCAGGACCUUGUGUACCAUAUGCCUGGAAUGAAAGAUUAUAUUCAUGGGGAAAGUGGGUUGAAGAAAGAUGUGCCGUUGCUGGAAGAAGUGGUGGUGAUGGAAGGUGUUGCUCACUUCAUCAACCAAGAGAAAGCUGAAGAGAUCAGCAAUCAUAUUUUUAACUUUAUCAAUAAGUUCAACUAAGUUGCCUACAAUUAGAAAGACAUAAUGAGUACCACUUUGGACUUUCAGGGUCAAUAAGACGAAAUUAUGUAU